AUGGCCGACGUCACCAUCACCGAGGGGACCUUUCGUCUGCCGGAUGGAGCGGAGGUCUACCAAAAGACCUGGUCGCCCACCACCACCCCUCCCCUCGCCAAACUCGUCCAUUUCCAUGGCUUCAGCGACCACAUCAACAACUACUUCGACCUCUUCCCCGCCCUGGCGCGCCACGGCAUUCAUUGCGCGGGGAUCGACCAACGGGGCUGGGGCCGAUCGGUGCACCGCAAAGCCGACCGCGGCAACACGGGGCCGACACCGGCCAUCCUCGCCGACAUGGCCGCCUUCAUCACAGCCCAGCAGCAGCAGGUCGCCCCGACCGACAUCCCCGUCUUCAUCAGCGGCCAUUCCAUGGGGGGAGGGCUCGUGGCGACCCUCGCCUCCACCCCACAAUACCAACCGCUGGUGGCCUCGCUGCGGGGCAUCAUGCUCGAGGCGCCGUACAUCGGCCUGACGCCGGAGCAGACGCCCAGCUCCCUCCUCGUCUUCACCGGCCGGCUGGCCGGCCGUCUCCUCCCCCACUUCCAGCUGACGCAGAAGAUGGCGAUCGAGAAUCUGGUGCGCGACCCGGCCGUGCAGGCGCAGGUGAAGAACGACCCGCUCAACCACCUGACGGGCACGCUGGAGAUGUUUGCCAACAUGCUCGACCGCGCCGCCGCCCUCACCGCGGGCACGCUGGUGCUCUCCCCCGGGGUGCAGUCGGUGCUGGUCGUUCACGGCACCGGCGAUCAAUGCACCAGCCACGACCUCAGCAAGCGCUGGUUCGACCAGCAGACGGCGCGGGUGCCGGCCACCCAGAAGAAGUUUGUGUCCUACGAGGGCUGGAGCCAUAUCCUGCAUGCGGAUCUGCCGGAGAACCGGCAGAGGUAUGCGGAUGAUCUGGCGGGGUGGGUGCUGGAGCGCGCGCAGGAGAAGUCGGUGCGACUGUAG